GCGGUGAUUGAUGACUGGAUAUUUUCCUACGACAAAAUACCGGAUCCAGUACUGGUGCACUGUAGCACCAGUGAUGAUUGGAACACUACCGAAUGGAACACUAGCGAGGAUGAAUGUCGUACAGACAUCGUACCACCUCUGCGAAUAUUCGAAGAGUACAAAAACAUGACGCAAGAAGUUGACAUAGCAAUGGCGUACUGGAUGAACAGGACUCGUACAAUCGCAUUCACAGAUCUCUUCAAGCAGUAUACACUCAGCUUCUACUGGUCUGCACUGACGCUAGUCACGCUUGGUGAACAGCCAUCGCCGAAGGACACCUUCCAAAACUCGUUUGAAAUCUUAGACACCUUGAUUGGAUUGGUCUUGUUUGCGGUCAUUGUUGGUGAUGUUGGCAAUAUGGUGACGAAUAUGAAUAUGAAGCGAUCUAACUUUGAAGAGGUUCUCGACGGUUGUAAGGGUUAUAUGAUUUACAGAAAAGUGCAGAGUUUCCUCCAGCGAAAAGCUCUAGAGUAUUUCGCUUACACGUGGUCUCAUGGAGGAGGCCAAAUGGAUGAGGAGGAUUGUGAGCCAAAUCUGCUCUAUGAACUCAUCCUGAAACUUGAACUGCGCAUCUAUUCGCCGCUGGACUAUGUGUGCAGGAAAGGCGACGUGGGAACAGAAAUGUAUAUUGUGAAAGCUGGGAGCGUGGAAGUUGUUAAUGAUGACGGCACAAAGGCAAACUCCCCAUUUCAGGUCUUUGUUCAGCUUGGUGCAGGAACUGUGUUUGGUGAGCUGUCGAUUCUGAAUAUUCCCGGAAAUAAAAAUGGAAAUCGACGAACAGCAAAUGUGCGAUCUGUUGGAUACUCGGACCUUUAUGUUCUCAGCAAAGAGGAUCUGUGGGAAGCUCUUCGUGAAUAUCCCGAGGCUAAGAACUCACUAUUAAUGAAAGGCAAGAGCAUUCUGGCCAAAGACAACAUGCUUGAAGACGUCGCAGAAGAAGAGGAAUUGGACCCAGAUGCACCUGUAGAUGAGCAGCUGCAUGUGAUUUCUAACACGAUCGAUGAAAUCGAACGGCUUCUUGAUGAGACCGAGCGGAAAUUCCGGGUAAGGAAGGAAUAA